AUGCGUUCUGAGCAAAACAAACGUCGAAGUACAUCGACUUUGUUAUAUGAUGACAAUGAAAAGGUUCUAGAUGGAAUGGCAGAUGCACAACCAAUAUUAAAAUAUACAGAUUUUGAUGAUAUUAGCAAACAUCAAUCGUGGUAUCGGCAGAUGCUUGCUAGACAUGUUGUGGGUAUAUGGGUCUUCUUAGGCUUUGUUUGUUUAUAUAUGUUACGUGUUAAUUUAUCAGUAGCUAUUGUUGCUAUGACUAUUCCACAGAGUGAAAAAAACGAAUCUGUAGAAGCCUGCCCAUCGUAUACAAAUGAUUCUGGUGGCACUCCAGCUAAGCAUGAUAAAUUUGACUGGAACCCUCGUACACAAGGUUUUGUCCUUGGUUCGUUUUUUUACGGAUAUACACUUUCACAAUUUAUUGGCGGAGUAUUGGCCGAACGUUAUGGUGCUAAAUGGACUUUCGGUUGUAGUCUUUUAGUAGCCGGUAUUCUUACGCUACUUACACCGAUUGCAGCUAAAACGCACGUUGGUUAUCUCAUCGCUAUUCGGAUUCUCAUUGGUAUAUUUGAAGGACCGGCAUUUCCAAGUGUUGGCGCAUUGUGGGGUCAAUGGGUACCACCUUUAGAACGCAGCACCAUUCCACCGAUUGCACAUGCUGGGAAAGAAGUAGGUGUGAUCAUUACAACUCCAUUAGCAGGUAUUUUAUGUGCGUCAAGUUUUAUGGGUGGUUGGCCAUCAUCAUUUUAUGUUUUCGGCAUUAUUACUUGUGUCUGGUUUGUUUUCUGGUGUUUUUUUGCUUAUAAUACUCCGUCGGAACAUCCAAGAUGUUCUGAAAAAGAACGCACUCAUUUGUUGGCUACUCUUCCUAAACCAAAGAAGUUAAAAACUCCAUGGAUGUCCAUAGCUCGUUCAGUUCCAUUUUGGUCAAUUGCUAUUGCAUCAACUUGUAUUCAAUUUAUUUACUAUGUUCUAUUAACAUCACUGCCUACUUAUUUUGCUACUAUACUAAAAUUUAAUCUGCAAAAUAAUGGUUUCAUGUUUGCUAUUCCUUAUAUAUUCAUAAUGAUUGUUAUUGUUAUAAGUGGUCAAGUGGCUGAUCGUGUUCGACAUCGAAAAAUGAUGUCAACAACGGCUGUACGAAAAGUUCAAACCAUUAUUGGUGGUGUUGGCUCAUCUUUAUUUUUGGUACUUAUCGGUUAUGUUGGUUGUAGUAAAGUGGGAGCUAUGUUUUGUAUUACAUUAUCUGUCGCUUUUAUUGGUUUUCAUUCAAGUGGUUGUCAAAUAUCACAUCUUGAUAUAGCGAGCAAUUAUGCUGGUACUCUUGUUGGUAUUACGAAUACACUGGCUGCAUUACCAGGUAUGGUUGCACCUUAUGUUGUCGGUGCUAUUACUAACAAUAAUCAAACUAUACAUGCUUGGAAAUUAAUUUUUAAUUUAUCAGCUGGUGUUGGUCUAUUCGGUUGUAUCGUUUAUUGUAUAUUUUUUGAUGGUAAUGAACAACCAUGGAAUCAAAGUGGUUACGAAGAAAAUAUACAAACUGAACAAGAAUAA